AUGCGUCAUCGUGAAUUUCGGCAGAUGCUCUCUUUAGAUGAGGAAACGUAUAGUGUUGACCUACCAUACUACUGCAAGGUUCGCUGGCUAUCAACAGGUCAGGUUUUGAUAAAAGUUUUGUCUUUACGACGACAAAUUUUAAACUUUUAUCAAGAACAAGGAAAACAAUGUGAUCUAUCAGAUGAAGUAUUUCUCAGAAACCUUGCAUUUUUGUCUGAUAUGAUGACAAAACAAAACAAUUUAAAUAUUUGCCUGCAAGGUGAAACGAGGUAUAUUUAUGAAAUGUGGCAAAAGAUCCAAGCGUUUAGAAAAAAAUUAUCAUUUUUCAAAACAUUGCUUUGUCGAUCGGAAAUAUCUGCACAACACUUCCCGGAGCUAGCUAAAAUGUUAAAUGAGCAGAACUGUGAAAAUAAAAUAUUCGAUGAAUAUGUAGGUGUCUUGGAUUGUUUAAUAGAAGAGUAUACUAAAAGAUUUUCUGAUUUUGACGAGCACACUCCUGCUAUGAAACUGGCAUUUGAACCACAUUUAAUAGAUAUAUCCGAGGCUCCUGCAGAACUACAAAUGGAGUUAAUUGAUUUAGGGGAAGAUAGUAUCAUCAAAUCCCUUUUUAACGCUAAAAAGGAUCCCAUAGAAAUCUGGAAAAAUGCUGUUGAAUAUCCAUGCCUUCGAGAACAUGCUCGCCGUUUACUUUCCUGCUUCGGAAGUACCUACUGUUGCGAGACAACAUUUUCUCUCAUGUCAAAAAUAAAAACAAAUCUAAGAACGCAAAUUACAGAUGCACAUUUAGAGGAUCAAUUCAAGCUGUGUGUUACGAAUCUUGAUCCAAAUAUACAAUUACUAUCAAACAAAAAACAAAGCCAAAUAAGUCAAUAA